AUGACCGGAAUAUUUGUGGACACCUUGAAGGACCCAUUCUUUGAUAGAUUAGUGAGUAGUGCAACAUCCGACUUCACACAUGUAGUCACAAUUGGAGAUUGCAUAGAGAAAGGGUUAAGGGAUGGAAGGAUUCCAGGAGCUGUGGCAGCCCCUAGCGCACCGAAAAAGUAUUCUGGAGGCUUUCAGAAGAAAAGAGAAGGUGAAACAAAUGCUAUAUCCAUAGGCUAUAAGGGGAAGCAACAGACUUCAUAUGGCCAAGUCUCCGCCGUGGAGGGCCUUUUGACAUUGAGGGAGCUAAAACCGAUUGUUUUUCCAUAUCCACCCGGAUAUGAUGCUAACGCCCACUGUGAGUUUCACAUGGGAGCUCCCGGUCAUACCUUAGAGAAUUGUUUCGCAUUUCAAAAUCGGGUACAAGACUUAAUCGAAGCAAAGGUUGUCUCCUUCACUCCGAGAUGCCCGGACGUGAACACAAAUCCCAUGCCAACACAUAAGGAUGCUUUCGUCAGUGCCAUUGAGGAGAGUGAUCAAGAUAAAUUGAUCCGUAAGGUUGAAGAGAUUCAAACCCCUAUCGCCAGGAUAAGAGCACAAUUGCUGAAGAGUGGUCUAAUCCCGGAAGAGCUAGUUGUUGAAGAGAACAAUAAAAGGUUGAGGAAUUUUAUACAACAAAUGUUGGAUCAAGGCGAGUUACAGAUAAAUCGCCGUGUCAAGAAAAAGGGAGAGAAAGAUAUAGCCGUGGUGGACAUUCCUUACAAUGAGGUUAACGUGGAAAUACAUAUAUUCCCAUUGGUGAUAGAGUUUCCAGCACCAUUCGCGUAUGAAGAUGAGAAGGCGGUCACGUGGAUAUAUCAGCCCAGAGCUUUUAAGCAAGGGCAGGAAGACCAACCCUUGAGGAUCAACGAGCCAAACGUCACCUCGAUUGUAGGGCCGGCAAGAAUGACACGUAGUGGCCGAGUGUUCGCACCAAGAACUGCUGAUACUUCUGCAAGGGCUAAAGGGAAGGAAACUGUUGUCCAGAUCCCCGUCCCUAAUCAAGAAAUGCAAGACAUGCACCUGUCUCCUAAAGCUGCAGUCACUCGUGAAGAGGCCGAGGAAUUUCUGAGGAUAAUCAAGAAGAGUGAUUAUAAAGUGGUGGACCAGCUGAAUCAAACACCUUCAAAAAUCUCCAUGUUAUCUUUAUUGCUCAACUCAGAAGCACACAAGAACUCAUUGUUGAAGGUAUUGAACGCCACACAUAUCACAAAAGACAUAACGAUAGAACAGUUUGACGAUGUGAUAGCUUAUGUGACCACUGGAAAUUUUUUGGGUAUUAACGAUGAUGAACUGCCGGUCGAGGGAAAGAACCAUAACAAGGCCCUACAUAUCUCCUUGAAAUGCAUAGACACUAUACUAUCAAGGGUAUUAGUAUACACAGGUUUCUCACUGAACGUCAUUCCGAAGACAACUUUGAUAAAGCUACCAAUGGAAGGGAUAAGUAUGAAGCCCAACACCCUAAUCAUAAAGGCAUUUGAUGGCUUAAGGCGAGCAGUGAUAGGAGAGGUUGACUUACCAACCAAGAUAGGUCCAACUAUUUUUAAUAUCACGUUCCAGGUCAUGGACAUACAUCCCGGUUAUAGUUGCCUACUUGGGAGACCCCGGAUUCACUCCGCAGGCACCGUCACCUCUACUCUACAUCAAAAGCUAAAAUUCAUUACAAAUGACAAGAUGAUUGUGAUUGGAGGGGAGGAGGAUAUCUUGGUUAACCACUUGACAUCUUUCCGGUAUAUUGACGUGGAUGGCGAGAUAACUGAGACACCAUUCCAAUCCUUGGAGGUGGUAAAUAUGAUGGCCAUCCAACAGAAAUUGGAGACCCCGAAAUCAGGACCAUCCAUGGCCUCGUGGCAAGGAGCUAAGGUUGUGUAUGGAAAGUGA